AUGCCUCUCACCAACGGAUCCGCCCCUGAACAGCAGACCUUCUCGCCGUCGCUGAGCCGUCAAGGAUCGCACCCUAUGCUGCCCCCUGCUCACUCCCGCUCGUCAACCCUCUCCAGUCCUGUGUUGGGUGAUAAUACUGGCGUGGGAGACGGCCCAGGGCCUCUGCGCCAUCCGCGCCCGAUGACCGCUGCUGACAUACACUUGGAGUUAGAGAAGGAACAAGAGGCUGUAGUCAACCGCCUUACCCGAGAGCUGAGCCUUCUACGGCAACAGACUGUUUCUGUGGCAUCAACCUCAUCUUCAGCAUCAGCCAACAUUCACGAACCUACUGAUGGCCAGCAUACAUCAGGUUUUUUCACUCCUGGCUCGCGAAAUCGCUCGUCGUCCACGCUGAGUUCACGAAGCUUUGCUGGUGGGUCCUCGUUGCCAAUCGGGAGCGUCGCUGGUAUUGCUCCUUCGCGGGACAGCACCGCUCCGCAACCGCCGCGACAAUCUAUGGAAUACCAUCGUCCAAGUCGUAGCCGUGAGCCGUCAAUUAUGUCUCGAGGCCCGUCUGGCACUACGUCGCCGGCGCUAUCGUCAUCCUUCCAACAGCCCGGGGAGCAUUUUCCCUUCCAGUCUCAUCGCCCGUCCCACGCUAUCCCUUCUCUGUCAAGCAACUCUGCCCAGGCCGCGUCAUUAAGCUUCAUAAAUAGCCACCAGCGCGAGCCUCCCUCGUCUGGAACGGCGACGCGCUACGAAGAGGUAACGGUUCACCGAGCCGAACUCGAUGCUGCACGACGAGAAAAUGAGCUUCUGCGACGUCGUAUUCGGGAACUUGAAACAACUCUUCGAGAGUAUCGGAGACCGGAAGUAGGUGGGGACUUUCGAAGCCCGGAAGCGACUUCAGAGCUCGAGUUUCGACCCAUGCCUGAUAGUUGA